GCAAACGAAAAACUCAGCUCAGCAAAGACCUUUUGGCAGCUUCCUCCCCUCUGAUCGAGGACACCUCCAGCGACUCUCCUCCUCGACUCUCGGAGCUCCACCACCACAGCGUGUCCACUCAGACCCUGCCUUCAUCCAGCAGCACCUCCCUCAUCCUCUCACAGGACUGGCUGUACUGUCAGUAAGGUUCAGUCACAAAUGUCUACCUCACGAUUAAAAGAGCCCUCUCCAACACUGCAACCCUGAACAGGAUACAAAAUGACCUCGAGCAUUGACCGGGAUGAUAGCAGUAUCUUUGAUGGGUUAAUGGAAGAAGAUGAAAAGGACAAAGCAAAACGCGUGUCCCGUAACAAGUCUGAGAAGAAGCGCAGAGACCAGUUCAAUGUCCUCAUCAAGGAGCUGGGUACCAUGUUGCCGGGCAACACCCGGAAGAUGGACAAGUCCACCAUUUUGCAGAAGAGCAUCGACUUUCUGCACAAACACAAGGAAAUCGCUGCUCAGUCAGAGUCGACUGAGAUCAGACAAGACUGGAAGCCUCCUUUUCUUAGUAAUGAAGAGUUCACUCAGCUGAUGUUGGAGGCGUUAGAUGGAUUUUUCCUCGCCAUUAUGACCGAUGGGAAUAUAAUCUACGUGUCUGAGAGUGUGACGUCUCUACUAGAGCACUUACCUUCUGAUCUUGUUGAUCAGAACCUGUUGAACUUCCUGCCCGUGGGGGAGCAUUCAGAUGUGUACAAGGCUCUGUCCUCUCAUAUCAUGGAGGGAGAGACGCUGACACCCGAAUAUCUGAAAACAAAAAAUCAGCUAGAGUUCUGUUGCCACAUGCUCCGAGGGACUAUCGACCCCAAAGAGCCCCCAGUGUACGAAUACGUCAAGUUCAUUGGAAACUUCAAGUCCCUGAAUAAUGUGCCUAACUGUGGCCGCAACGGCUUCGAAGGAGUGAUCCAGCGAUCGCUUCACUCUGCCUUUGAAGACAGAGUGUGUCUCAUAGCAACUGUGAGGCUAGCCAAACCACAGUUCAUCAAGGAGAUGUGCACUGUAGACGAGCCCAACGAGGAGUUCACCUCCAGACAUAGUUUAGAGUGGAAAUUUCUCUUCUUGGACCACAGAGCUCCGCCCAUCAUAGGGUACCUCCCAUUCGAGGUGCUGGGUACGUCGGGGUAUGACUACUACCACGUCGAUGACCUGGAGACGCUGGCAAAAUGCCACGAACACUUGAUGCAGUACGGCAAAGGAAAGUCCUGCUACUACAGAUUCCUCACUAAAGGGCAGCAGUGGAUUUGGCUUCAGACCCACUACUACAUCACCUACCACCAGUGGAACUCCAGACCAGAGUUUAUCGUCUGCACACACACUGUUGUGAGUUACGCUGAAGUACGAGCAGAGCAGCGAAGAGAACUUGGGAUUGAAGUAUCACCACCUGAGAUCACACCAGACAAGUCCCAGGAUUCAGGCUCCGAGUCCCAGCUCAACACCUCCAGUCUGAAGGAGGUUUUAGAUCGCUUCGACCACAGCCGGACGCCCUCGGUCUCGUCUCGCAGCUCACGCAAAUCGUCACACACCGCCGUGUCCGACCCGGCCUCGUCACAGAUGAAGCUGCAGGGAGAUAGGAGUACGCCGGGUCGCCAGUCGGUCUCCGCUGUGGAGAUGACGUCACAGCGAAGAUCAUCUAUCAACAGUCAGUCGAUGAGCUCCCAAAACACAGGACAGAACAUGACUCCCACCAUGGUUUCUCAGCAGCUGCAGCCUCAACAGCAACAACAAGUUCAGAACAGCGGACAAUCGAUGGUGCAGUUCUCCAACCAGUUAGAGGCCAUGCAGCACCUGAAGGAUCAGCUGGAGCAGAGGACCAGGAUGAUCGAGGCCAACAUCCAGCGGCAGCAGGACGAGCUGCGGCAGAUCCAGGAGGAGCUGCAGAGGGUGCAGGGCCAGAGCCUGCAGAUGUUCUUGCAGAAAGGAGCUGGAGGACUGAAUCUCAGCUCUGUUCAGAUGGCCCAGGGGAACGCGAUGCAGCAGGGGGGGACGCUCAGCAUGCAGGGCCAGGUGGUCUCUGCAGGACCUCUGCAGAACAACAUACAGCAACAACAUGCCGUCCAGCCCCAGCCCCAGCAACAAACACUGCUGCGGGAACAGAGCACAGCACUGUCACAGUCUCAGCGAUCGUCUCUCACUCUGCAGCCUCAACAAAAUCCAAUGCCGGUGUCUCUCUACAACACAAUGAUGAUUCCCCAGCAAAGCCCUGCUAACGUGGUCCAGAUUGCCACCACCCUGGCGCAGAACACUGGACCCAACACUCCUGCAGUGGCAACGUUUGCACAGGACCGUGGCGCUCAGAUUAGGUUUCCUGCUGGUCCUCAGCUGCUCACCAAGCUAGUGACAGGACAGAUGGCAUGUGGGGCAGUCAUGGUGCCCACGACCAUGUUUAUGGGCCAAGUGGUGACGGCCUUCGCUCCUCAGCAGGGCCAGACUCAGACCAUCAGCAUUUCCCAGCAGCCACAACAACAACAACAACAACAACAACAACAACAGCAGCAGCAGCAGCAGCAGCAGCAGCAGCAGCAGCAACAGCAACAACAACAACAACAACUCGCCCCGCAGCAAACACAGUUCCUACAGGCUCCUCGGCUUCUUCAUGGAAACCAGUCCACCCAGUUGAUCCUGCAGGCAGCGUUCCCUCUGCAGCAGCAGGGUGCUUUCACUGCCACGGCCCAACAGCAGCAGCAACAGUUACAACAGCAGCAGCAUCAACAUCAUCAACAGCAGCAACAACAGAAGCAGUUACAGCAGCAGAAACAGCAGCUUCAGCAGCAGCAGCUGGCUCCUCUCAGAGCAGACAGUUUGUCUGACCGCUCCUCCUCGCAGCCACAGUAGCUGACUGCAGCCAGUCACAGGCGGAAAGAACCUAACCCAGGUGUGGGUGUUUUUUGUGACGGGGGUCUGAAGAGGAGUUCAGCAUUGAAACGAUGCCUCAGAGGCUCAGAAGUGAGUGGGGAGGUGGGGUGGGGGGGGGGCGUGGCUUCCCUCCCCCCACAGGAUCUUUUGCCGUUUGCACUGAACUCCUGAGCACAAAGUGCUGCAGAGAGCCCAGCACCGGGCUCGCUGUGGGCCCGGCAGUCGGCUCUGGUUCUGGGUCAAAGCCUUUUCUUCAAAAAAACAGGGAGCUACGGUCCCUGUAAAGGACCCCCCCCAUACCCCUCCCCCAGCCCUCUCCUUGUGUGUUUAGUGUGUGCGCCUGUGUGUAUGCGUGUGUGUGUGUGUGUGCGCGUGUGUGCGCUCUAGUCACCCUCACAGGAUUAUUUUAUGCAGAGCUCUCCAGUGAACGCAGUGAAGCUUCUGUCGGAGCUUCAGGGACGUCCUGCAGAGCUCGUUGUUCUGGAUGUCGUCUCCUAUCCUUGUUUUUCAUGUAAAAAUAAUUAUGGGUCAGAAAAUAUUUUUAAGAAUGUGGUGUAGAUUGAACUUUUACUGUACAGAACAUCAUGUGUAAUAUAUAAUGUAAAUAUACUGAAAAAGAAAGAACUAAUAUUUUAUAUGAUGCAUGAAAUG